UAAAUGAUUUUAUAAAACCGUAGUUAAUAAUUAAACGCUUUUUAGUUAUUAGUUAUUACAAUGCAGAUUACUUGGUUAUUAUUUUGUGCUUUAUUUUUUUCCAUAUACGCAGCCGAUAAUAUGAAUAAAUUCAUGUACUUUGCGUAUGGUAGCAACAUGCUUGCAGACCGGAUUCAUAUUAAAAAUCCAACUGCUGUAAGAAUCGGAACCGGCAAACUGAAUGCAUUCCGUUUAGAUUUUAAAGGGUUUUCACAUUUUUGGGGCGGAUGUCCAUCAACAGUUGUUCCAGACCCUGAGGAACAUGUUUGGGGUGUUUUGUGGCAACUGAAUACCAGUGAUUUGAGCAAUCUAGAUCAACAAGAAGGUGUUGAGAAAAAAAUCUAUGCACCAUUUGAGGCAAACGUUGUGACACCAAAUGGGGAUAAUGUAUUAAGUCGCUGUUACAUGCUUGUCAAUCAGCCUGCUAAACAAAUACCAUUGCCACUUGACAGAAGACCAUCAAAAGCAUAUCUAGAAACUAUAAUACUAGGGGCAAAUGAAAGUGGUUUACCAUUGGACUAUUUACAAUUUCUUAGUGAAAUACUUGAUAAUGGCAAUGAUGGCCCGAAAAUGCCAUGGUCCAAGCGUGAACAACAAACUACUGAGUUGUAACUGACUUCUUGUCUUGUUUAAAAUAUGUAAUAAAUUAAGUUUUAAGUAUUUUAUAAAGAAAAAAAAAAGUGUACAAAUCAAAAUAAUCUAUAAUAUUCAAUACUGUAAAAAAAAAGAUGUAAGGAGGUAAGGGGACAUUGAUUAAAAUCAGUUUUUAUACAGACAAAAUUGUUGGCGAUUUUAUACUUAAUACCUAUAGUUUAAAUAUAACGAUAUAAGAUACCUAUUAGAUUGUCAGAUUAAGCCCAAGUAAUGUAUUUACAAAUUAAUGUUCUCUUUUUAUUUACUUUAUUUUAGAGUUAUAAAUUUAUGAUAGAUGGACAAAUUAUGACAAACAGAACAUUUGAGAUCAUGUACAAUAUUUACUAGUUUGUCUUUAUCAUUUCUGUCUCAUUACAUAGAUAGGUAGCAUUAUAAAUAUAAUAGUUGAUAAAUUAAGAGUACUGCAUAAGUAGUUUGAUAUCAGAUGAUGAUAUAUUUUUCAAUAAAUUUUAAAUAUCCUGAAUAACGUUUAAUUAUUGAUUAUACAUAAAAAAAAAUACCUGCAACAUAUGCGAGCUAUUCAUGCCAAAGAAGUGAGCCAGAGGCAUAUUUACGAUUUUGGCAUACUAAGUACACAUAUUUUGGGGCUCCUUUAUUUCUGUUUCCUUUUGCUCAUUGUCACAAAAUCUUUUAAGCCCCCUCUAAUAAGAAAAUUUACUUCAUCUCUCCGUUAAAAGUGUUACCCCAAAAUGUAUAUUUUUCUCCUUAUUGCACUUAUGCUUUCAAUAGUUUAGAGAACACUUUUAUUUUACCAUUACUCCAUUUAUUCCUAAUAAAGAGUCAACUUUUACAAUUAAAUGAAACAAAUUAUAAUUUUAGGUAUUAGCCUUUUUUUUUUUUUAAUUGUAUAUAAGACAAUAUAAUAAAAUACAUUAUACAGGGUGAUUUUUUUAUCAUUGAACACUUAUUAUUUAAAAAGUAUAAAUGUUUUUGAAAAUAUUAUUUUGCAUAGUUUCAAAUUAUUUACAAUCGUUUUUAUUAAAAAAAUUAUAUUUUUAAUCCUUAUAAUUUUUAUGUUUUUUACUUUUUUUAAUGAUAACAGAGUUUUAAUUUAAUAUUCCAAAGCAGAAUAUUUGUAUAAGUAUUUCUAAACAUAAAAAUUGAAUUUAGGGCGAAUGAGACAAGUAUUUAAUGUUUUGAUGAGCGGAGUGGAGUGGUACGGUGUUACCCCGCAAAAUAUUUGUCCGCUACUCCAUUCAUCUAAACUUUAAAUACUUAUAGCUCAUUAACUACUUGUCCUAAAUUCUAUUUUUAUGUUUUGAAAUACUUGGACAAAUAUUCUACUUUGGAACAUGAAAUUAAAAUUCAAGGAUAAAAAAUAUUUGAAAAUAUAAUUUCUUAAUAAAAACGUUGUUUUGUAACUUGAAACUAUGUAAAAUAAUAUUUUCAAAAACAUUUACACUUCUUGAAAUAAUGAGUGUUCAAUGAUAAAAUAAUCGACCUGUGUAUAUAUAUUACAUAAAAAUAUGUAUAGAAAUGUAAAAGAUAUAAUAAGAAAAAAUACAAGUUAUCACUUAACUUGGAAAAUAAUUUAACCUCUAGCGAUGCGGGGGGCGGGCCCCCUAAAUACGCCACUGGAGUCAGCAUCACUUAUAAGGGAGCUCAGAGUACAGCAUAUUAAGAUGUACCAUAGCUGUUUACACGGCACCUUCUGAUCAGCUUUCCGCCACUCAUACGCACGACUUGUAUACUAUUAAAAUUUUUGCUAGAAAUAAACUAUAAUUAUUUUGUUCACUGUUGAAAAUUGUUUGUUUAAAUUAUUUAUUGAAAAAACAAAAAUAUCUGGAUCUCAAUAUUUUUUACCAAUUUGAUAAGUAACAUUU